GGGGCUUUUCUGGCUACAGCGGGCCAUAAUCCACUACAUAGAUCUACGGAGCGGCCUGAGAGCCCCAGCCACUCCUGGGCCCAAGGCGGCCCUUGUCUCAGCGUCCUGGCUGUCAUAUGGAGCAGGGAUGCGCGCCCCCGAAACAUGAAGCCGACGCCGCCUCGUUGGGCGACGGAGCGCGCCGAUGCUGCGGGGAGACGGGACCCGUCGCAGAGUCACGCGUCGCUGAACCGUGCUUGCGUUGCCUCCGCGAAGAGGAGGACGAAGACCCCGCAGUCACAGGAGUUGUCCUGCGAAGCGGCGGGCACCUCCGCCACCGGCACCGCCCGCCCGGCGGCCGCGGCCGCGGCCGCCGUUGGCCGUCGGCGACAUCGAGUCGUAGUGCUCGAAGACGAAUGGACUGCUGGUGGUCCCCGGCCCCGGAGUCGCGCGGCCGACCAGCAGGGACCAGUGAGAGCCACCCGCGCUGGCGACGUUGGUGUGGUCGUUCACGGGGCACAGCACCAGCUCCGCGGAGCCCAGCCCCAGGGCCUCGGCCGCGUCCACCAGCUCCUCCAUGUCGUCCUCAUUGGCCAGCCAGAACACUGUCUCUGCGCCUAUCAGCGCGACGCGGCCCUCGAUGUUCGCGCGGUGCUUGCUGGCAAGGUGCUCGAAGAUCGGAAGAACGUGAUGCACUCGUCGUUGAGCCAGUGGCCCUCAUAGGGCCACGUCACCCCUCGUCAGUCUCACCUCUUCCAGCUGACCACCACGUCGGACGAGGCCAUCCGCCCGAGGCCUCCCCGCCCCGGGGGGUGGGGGGGCGCAGCUCCUCGCCUUGCGGAGGCCCCCCGCGGCCGCAAGGCGAGCGGUGCCCCCCGCCCUGCGGCGGAGCCCAGGCAGCCCGCGCGGGGCGCGAGAGGCGUGCCGGCCGCGGCCGGAGCAGAGGCGGCUGCGGCU